AUGGUCUGGGGCUUCAGAGCUGCCGCCCCAUCCGCCCAUCUCUCCACUCUCAUCGCUCCAAAGCUCGAGCCAGCAGCAGCACUGGCAGAGGGGGAGAGGAGGGACGCGCAGCUGAUUAUUCGGAAUCUCACCUCUUCUACGGAUUUUGGAUUUGCUUCCUGCGAUGCUCCUGAGGGGGCGGUGGUAAGCGUAGCAUGGGUGGUGGCAGCAGCACUGGCAGAGGGAGAGAGGAGGGACGCACAGCUGAUUAUCCGUAAUCUCACUUCCUCUAUGGAUUUUGGAUUCGCCUCGUGUGACGCACCUGAGGGGGCGUCGCUCCCGCGCAACUGGUCUCUGCUGCCCAUGCGAAAGGAGAUCCAGUGGGUGAUUUCCAACAUUACACUCCAAAUGAACAACAGCAACUACGAUGUGGUACACGUGCGGCGGGGAGACAAGAUCCUGGACUCAAAGCGAUGGCCCAAUCUGGACAAGGACACACGGCCUGACAGCCUCCUCAAGCGUCUACUGGAGCUCAUUCAACCAGGCAGGUUCCUCUACAUCUCAACAGACGAGCGCACCCCGGGAUUCUUCGACCCUCUGAAAGAGAAGUUCAACAUUCGCAUGCUGGGGGAUUUCAAGGAGCUGUGGGCGCCGGGGAGCGCGUGGUACCAGGUCUACUCGGACAUGCUGGGGAAGGAUGUUACUUUCGACUCGUACAUGGAGGCAAUGGUGGACUACGAAGUUACAAGGCUGGCUCAGAAGUCCAUUGAGACAUUCAAUGACCUCACCAGUGAUCCUAGAGAUGGCAUUCAAUGA